CUGACAUCUACGCCUACCACAGGCAGAACGGGGAUCAGCGCAGGAAGGGAGGCGGAGGAUCGGAGCCGCCUGACAUAAAGCAUGUGCACACGUCUGUUACAAUAGCGCAGAUGGCGGUAAUAAGAGGAAAUGACUUGUGGAUGGCCGGGCGGCCUCAUUGCUGUGGUUUAUUAUUCCAAUGUUACGACAUGACGGGAAUGUAACCAUCUAUUUAUACAUCGCUGUCAGCGGCUCAUGGAACGCAUUGUCCUCCCGGCUCAUUGUAUCUUGCGGUUACUGGCAAAACAAUAUCCGGAAACUCUCCGCUCCCUCUGUAAGAUAUCUCUGUCAGUCAAACCAAAUUUAGCAGGAUCCCGAAAAAAUGUCCAGACCAGCAGAGGAACAUUGUGAUAUAGUGCAUGGGAAUGUUAUUUAAAGGACAAUGAUUCCAGUCACUGAGUUCCGUCAGUUCUCGGAGCAGCAGCCGGCAUUCCGCGUCCUCAAACCAUGGUGGGACGUGUUUACGGAUUAUCUGUCGGUGGCCAUGCUGAUGAUCGGGGUGUUUGGAUGUACAUUGCAGGUCAUGCAAGACAAGAUUAUCUGCCUGCCGAAGAAAGUAUACCACCCAGCUCCGAACUCCUCCAUCUACAACGCAUCUGGGGCCGUGGUCACAAAUAUUCCUCUUCCGGUUCCCAAAACUACAGCUCCUUCUGGGACUGUGGAAAUGAGGGGGUUAAAGACGGACUUGGAUCUCCAACAAUACAGCUUUAUUAACCAGAUGUGCUAUGAGCGUGCGCUCCAUUGGUACGCCAAGUACUUCCCAUACCUGGUUCUUAUCCACACGUUAAUUUUCAUGGUGUGUAGCAACUUUUGGUUCAAAUUUCCUGGAUCGAGCUCCAAAAUCGAGCAUUUUAUAUCCAUACUGGGGAAGUGUUUUGACUCUCCCUGGACAACCAGAGCCUUGUCUGAGGUAUCAGGGGAAGAGCCUGAGGAGAAGGACAACCGGAAAAAUGCUCAGAGCAAAAUCAUUGCCACCCCCUCCGCUGUGGAGAGUCCACUCGUGAAAACCCAGUCUCUUAAAUCCAUCCCUGAGAAGUUUGUGGUGGAUAAAACGACAGCAGGAGCCCUGGAUAAGAAGGAAGGAGAACAAGCUAAAGCCUUAUUUGAGAAAGUAAAAAAAUUUCGUCUCCAUGUCGAAGAAGGAGAUCUUCUGUAUGCCAUGUACGUGCGUCAAACCAUACUGAAAGUCCUUAAGUUUCUCAUUAUUAUCUGCUACAAUAGUGCACUUGUCUCCAAAGUACAGUUUACCGUGGACUGUAAUGUCGACAUACAAGAUAUGACGGGAUACAAAAACUUUUCCUGUAACCACACAAUGGCGCACUUGUUUUCCAAGCUGUCCUUUUGUUACUUGUGUUUCGUUGGCGUCUAUGGACUCGUGUGCCUUUAUACUCUUUACUGGUUGUUCUACCGAUCCCUAAAGGAGUAUUCUUUUGAAUACGUCCGUCAAGAAACCGGCAUCGAUGACAUCCCAGAUGUGAAAAAUGACUUUGCCUUUAUGUUUCAUAUGAUAGACCAAUACGACCCGCUGUACUCCAAAAGAUUUGCCGUUUUCCUGUCAGAAGUAAGUGAAAAUAAGCUGAAACAAUUAAACCUAAACAAUGAAUGGACAGCGGACAAGCUAAGGCAAAGGUUAAUGACAAAUGCGUACAACCGCCUGGAGAUACAAUUAUUUAUGCUCUCCGGUCUUCCCGAUACGGUCUUCGAGAUAACCGAGCUGCAGUCUUUGAAGCUGGAGAUAAUCAAUAACGUCAUGAUCCCAGCCACCAUUGCUCAGCUCGAUAACCUUCAGGAAUUGUCCUUGUAUCAGUGCUCGGUAAAAAUUCACACAGCAGCCCUGGCUUUCUUAAAAGAAAAUCUAAAGAUCCUGAGAGUGAAGUUCGAUGACGUUCGAGAGCUUCCACCAUGGAUGUAUAGUUUGAGAAACUUGGAGGAACUUUACUUGAUCGGCUCUUUAAGCCACGACAUAUCUAAAAAUAUAAACCUUGAGUCAUUCCGGGAACUGAAGAGUCUUAAGAUACUAUUUAUCAAGAGUAAUUUAUCCAAAAUCCCUCAAGGAGCGGUUGAUGUUUCGGGUCAUCUCCAGAAGUUAUCUAUCCACAACGAUGGAAGUAAACUGGUAAUGCUAAACAAUCUAAAGAAAAUGGUCAACUUGACGGAGCUGGACCUCAUACACUGUGACUUAGAGCGCAUACCUCAUGCCAUUUUCAGUCUUGCAGCUCUUCAAGAGCUGGACCUGAAAGAAAACAACCUUAAAUCCAUUGAAGAAAUACUUAGUUUCCAGCAUUUGCGUAAACUCACAAUCUUAAAGCUGUGGUAUAACAGCAUCACCUAUAUUCCAGAACACAUAAAAAAACUUUCCUGUCUGGAACGACUUUAUUUCAGCCACAACAAGAUCGAGGUGCUUCCUUCUCACCUCUUCUUGUGCAACAAACUACGAUACUUGGAUUUGUCUUACAAUGACAUUCGCUUCAUUCCUCCCGAGAUCGGAGUUCUCCAAAGUUUACAAUAUUUCUCAAUUUCUUGCAACAAAGUGGAAAGCGUGCCGGACGAACUGUACUUCUGCAAGAAGCUGAAGACCUUAAAAAUCGGGAAGAAUAACUUGAGCACUCUCUCACCGAAAAUCGGGAACUUGUUUUUUUUAUCUUACCUGGAUAUUAAGGGUAAUCAUUUUGAAACUUUGCCACCAGAACUUGGAGACUGCAGGGCCUUGAAGAAAGUUGGACUUGUUGUAGAAGACACUUUAUUCGAGACCCUUCCGUCCGAUAUUAGAGACCAGUUGAAAUCCGAAUAGGGCAAAAUGGUCGGAAUCUACGAUGGGACUGGAAGGGAAAUCAAAAACAGAGGACUGUUUCUCUAUUACUGGACCUUCUUGUUUUUUGUCUCACCACGGCCCACUUAUACUGGGCAUUAUUUCAUUGUACAUGUUGUUGGUUGAUGUUUUUCGGCACUAUGGUGUUGACUCAGAUCGAAUUUUACCGUAAACAAUAUGGCAUUAUAAAACUAUUGCAGGGCAAUAUAUAACUUCAUGUGGGGCCUUUGUAGACUUCCCCUUUGGGUUUUCAAAUACUCAGGUACUGUCUGUAGAUCUGAGAAACAUUUAUAUUUUGUUAGAAAACAAACAAACAAAAAAGUUCCAUGUUACAGUUUUGGGUUAUUUUGUUACAGGGACCAAGCUGUCAUACAUUAGUUUAUCAAGUUUAUCUGUAUAACUUAAAUGCCUAAAGUGUCUCAUGAAUGUUAGUUUGUGCCUUAUUUUAUCAAAUAUUGAAGAAAAAAAAGUUUGGUCUUUUUUUUAACUCUAGAAUGUCAUGCACUAUGAAAGUUAUUUGGAAAUUAAUGUAACACUUUUAAUUUUGCAGGCUCGUUGGGUAGAAUUUUUUGAAUUUAUUAAUAGCAUCAGUU